AUGGGCCUCUUGAACGUGUUGCGACCGAUGUUGAGUUGGAUGCUGAAGCAGCUGCAGCUGCGGUCCCUGUCCCUGCGGCAGGUGCAGCUGCUGAACCUGGUCUCGGUCGCGGUGGUGGCCGAGGGCGUGGUCGAGGACGCCCUGCUGCUAUUGCUGAUCCCGGAGUCGCAGGAGCCCGGGGGCGCGGGCGUGGUCGCGGUGCCGCUGCUGCUGCUGACCCCGGAGUCGCAGGAGCCCGGGGACGCGGGCGUGGUCGCGGUGCCGCUGCUGCUGCUGCUGACCCCGGAGUCGCAGGAGCCAGGGGACGCGGGCGUGGUCGCGGUGCCGCUGCUGGUGAUGCUCCAGCAGCCGGUGGACGUGGGCGGCGCGGAGCCGGCCGCGGCGGCCGCGGUGCUCGCGGUCGUGGCAGGGGCCGUGGACGCGGCGCUGGGAGCGGCGGCAGUAGCAGCCGCAGCUCUGGCUCUGAUAGCAGCAGCAGCAGCAGUAGUGAUUCCGAUUGAGGUGAUCGGAAUGUAG